CUGACGGGAAUGUGUUUUGUUUUUUUGAGAUCAAGCAACAAGAAAGCAAUAACCAUCGACACGAUAUCAAAUGACGUCAACUUCAUGCAAGUUGAAAGUUCAGAAAGUUUUUUGCAUGGCUUUGAAAAAAUCACAUCACAUGUCUUCAGCGCUUACAUGAAGCUUCAAGAAAAAUGGGGAAACGAUGUAAUCGAUAAAAAAGUGAACGUGAAGGCCAACUUUUUAGAAUCAGUUGACAAGUGUGUUACCAGCAUGGCUAACUCGAAGAAAUCUCUGAACGCUGAAGUCACCUUCCCUGAGAACGCCUGCUCCUCAAUGUUGGAGACCAUGAAGUCUGCCUCUGAAUACAUCAACGCCAGUAAAAAUGAAGAAACUAUAAAGUUGAUGGAAGAAUUGCUGCAGCUGUGGUGUCAGAGAGUGAAAAUUAUUCUCGUGGAAAGUGAGCAGAUAAGGAGGGAGGCAGACGACACAGGACCAAGUGUUGAACUCGUCUAUUGGAAAAACAGAAUGGCGAAAUUCCAAAUAAUACUAGAAAAGAUCAGGAGUCCUAAGUGCCGUGGAUUGGUUAUAACUUUGCAGUACGUCAAGUCAAAAACUGUUACCAAGUGGAGGGAAAUUGAUUCUAGGAUCACUGAUGCUUCAAAUGAAGCCAAAGACAAUGUCAAAUAUUUGUCUACGCUGGAACGCACUUUUAAAAUGCUCAUACAGCAAAAUCCGAAAUGUAUGAUAGAAGCAGUAACUCGGCUGAUGAGCUUGAUGAGGGCCAUAUACAAAUGUUCUUCCUACUACAACACGCCUCAGCGAUUGACAGCACUCUUAAUUAAAGUUACUAAUCAAAUGAUAGCAACUUGCAAGAGGUACAUGUAUCAGGAUGUCCUUAAAAUAUGGGACCUCUUGCAUGAUGAGCUCAACAAGCGAAUAAAUUACUGCAAACUUCUCAAAAACGAGUACAUCAAUCAGUUUUGGAUAACAAAACAAAAAAUCGAUAACGACGUUGAAUGCUUGAAGUUGGAUUUAAGCGAAAAUUAUGUGUUUGGAAAAUUUGACGCCUUUUGCAGACAGCUAGAAAAAAUACAGGAAAUCAUUAGCAUUAUUGACGAAAACUCAGGAUUGGAUCAACUGAAGAUGGAAGGGACAGAGGAGUUGUCAGACUACUUCAGAGUUGCUGUGGAUACCAUCAAGAAAAAAACUUAUGAUUGCUUAGAUUUUCGAAAAGAGGAUUUUCAGCACGAUUACACGGACUUCAAAGAGCAAAUGCAAAGGCUAGCUAUUUUAAAGAACGAUUUCAUCAACAAGACGUUUAAGAAAAACAUCAAGAUAAUACCAGCUAUCACAAGUUUGCACAAGUUUGAAAAUAUUUCAAAUCUGGGAUUUCAUUUUCGCGAUAAAUUCCUCACAAUUAUGGACAUGUUCUCGAAAGACAUGGAUCAUAUAAACGAGAUUUUUGAAAAAAAUAUGAAUAAGCCGCCUAUUGCAAAAAAUAUGCCCAGAGCAGCCGGCGAAGUUUAUUGGUGCAAACAAUUCGUCUCCCGAGUGACGUUUCAGAUGGAUCUGUUCAAAAAGGAAGGGAAUCUCAUUAAGACCGAAGCAGGAAAGGUGAUGGUGAGGAAGUACAACAAGUUGCUCAUAAGCCUUGCUGAAUUUCUGUACUCAAAAUCACGUGCAUGGGAUGACAAUUCGUUCAACAAUUUAGCCGGGCUGAACAAUUCUCUUCUCAGAAAAAAUAGAGUAAAUAAUAAAAUAAUGGUUAACUACGAUCAGAAAAUUGACACAACGCUCAGAGAAGCUUACAUGAUUCGCAAGAUGUCUUUUGAAGUAAAUAAUAAAGUGAUAUAUGUUCUAUACAAUCAAAAAAGAAUACGCGGCAUCAAAGACCGAUUAGAAAAUGUAAUAAAGAGUUAUGAAUCUUUAUGCGAAUUGGUUCCUAAAUGUUUGAUCGAAGUCUUCAAACCGUAUAUUAAAAGAAUUGAUAACAUCUUGCGACCUGGCUUCACAGUGCAUGCCUGGCACUCAUUGCUUAUUAAUCAGUAUCUGUCAAAAGCUGAUAAUAUUAUCAAGGAAGUGGAGUGGAUGGUUCUGUAUGUGAGAGAUAUUUUGCAAUCUCGUAUCAAUUCAAUCCUUGCGGAUAUAGCGUCUGUGUCACUCUGCAGCCUUUCUUCCACCUUCCCCGUCCAACCUAAUCAGUUUUUAACGAUGGUUGAAAAUAAGUGCUUCAGCGCUUCUCAGCUGCUGGCCAAGAACACUUUAGCUGUCGAAAAGUCGGUAGGUCACAUUCUACAAAUAUUAAAAAAACCGUUAACUGAAGCCGAGCUGGAAACCAUGAAUACGUCGGAUGGCAAAUCUAAAGAAACGAAUAAUUAUAACAUGUUGAUUGAUUAUUUCCAUCAAAAGAAUGUUGAAGCAUUUGUUGAUUGUGUACGUCAAUCUCUGGAAGACAUGAGAUCUUAUGUGCAGACUGCCGAAUUUUCUAAUGACCAAUCAUCAUUUAAUUCCCUUCACGCAAACGACAACUGCAUUUUCAAAGUUGAUUUAGUCUUAAAAAUUCCAGAUGUAGUUAUGGUGCCUAGUGUGGAUGAUGUUCAGCUUGUUAUCACCCAAAGUAUUCAAAAAAUUAUGAAAAUGUUGGAAUCAAUUCCGAAGUGGUGUUUGUCCUUAAGUUCUCUUGAAGCUUCAUUAACAGAAGUUGGAUCGUUUAUUUUUUCAAAAGCUCCACAAGAUAUGAACAAUUUAAUUCAAACUGAUUACUGCAACAAAUCAUUGAGCAAAGCUGUUUCCGAAAACAAAGAAAUAGUUAAACUGGUUUCAUAUUUAAAUUCUAUUAUUACGACAUUGAAGGGUAAAGUUGAUAAGCUGAUAAAAAGAUACGAAGUGUACAGCGAGCUUUGGACGAAGGAUGUUCAGACGAACGUGAAAGAGUUCAUGGCGACACAACCAUCUCUAUCUGAUUUCGAAGCCGUUUUCAGACAUUAUACGAUCUUGGAAGAAAAAAUAAACGAAAUCGAAUCAAGUUUCAAAAUUGGACCCUUACAUCUCAUCACCGAUUCAUUGAAGUUGGGCUUGUUGAUGGAAUGUAAGGAGUGGAAAUAUGCUUACGGCAGGAGUUUGAACCAACACUGCAGCAGAGAUAUGGACGAUUUGCACAAAUAUUUUACAGUUAUGCAAAAAAGACUCAAUCAUGCUAUUUUAGAUCUGGAAGACAUAAAAACUAUAAAACUACACAUGUCCGAAAUAAGAGACUCUGAGAUAAAAAUAGAAAUGACCCUCAUGCCUAUAGAAGAAGCUUUCAUAAUGCUUAACAAAUACAAACUAACUUUCAACGACGGUAAUGCUGAAAAGGUUGAUGCACUUUCUUACUCUUGGAGGCUUCUCAAACAACAAAAUCUGCAAGUGAGUAGCAAGUUGAUUUCAGUUCAGCCCGAGUUUAUGAGCAAACUGAUAAGCAGUGUGGAGACCUUCAAAGGAGAAGUUCAAGAGUUUGUUCAGGACUACAGAGAAAAUGGGCCUAUGAGGAACGGUCUAAACCCACACGAGGCUUCAGACCGCCUUGCAAUACAUUCGGCAAAAUUUGAUGAAUAUUGGAGGAAAUAUACGACGUAUUCAGGUGGAGAGGAACUUUUUGGUUUUCCAGUCAAUGAGUAUCCUGAUUUGCAUCACAUCAGGAAGGAAUUGGCUUUGCUGCAGAAAUUAUAUUCACUGUACAACGAUGUUCUAGAAAAAGUUAACGGUUAUAACGAUAUACCUUGGGUUGAAAUAAAUAUAGACCAAAUAAACUCGGAACUUCUCGAUUUUCAAAACAAAUGUCGAAAGCUUCCAAGAGCAUUGAAAGAAUGGCAGGCAUACAAAGAUCUGAGGAAAACAAUUGAUGACUUCAAUGCGACCUGUCCACUUUUGGAAAUGAUGGCAAGCAAGUCCAUGCAGGCGAGACACUGGAACAGGAUUGCUCAGAUCACUGGACACACCUUUGAGAUUGAUUCCGACAACUUUUUGUUGAAAAAUCUUAUGGACGCACCAUUGCUGGCCAAUAUGGAGGACAUUGAAGACGUUUGCAUAUCAGCUGUGAAAGAAAGAGAUAUCGAGGCGAAACUGAAAUUUGUAGAAAAUGAGUGGAGCGCUCAAAAAUUUCAAUUCUCGACGUUUAAAACAAGAGGAGAACUUUUAUUAAAAGGAGAUCAAACGGUCACUUUGAUGGAGGACAGUCUCAUGAUACUUGGCUCCCUUCUUGGCAACAGGUACAACACUCCAUUUAAGCCAAAAAUUCAAGAGUGGGUGAACAAAUUGACAACAACGAUGGAAAUCAUCGAGAACUGGUUGGUUGUUCAGAAUUUGUGGAUUUACUUGGAAGCAGUUUUCGGAGGUGGCGACAUUGCCAAACAACUUCCGCAAGAAGCAAAGAGAUUUUCAAACAUCGAUAAAUCAUGGCAGAAAAUCAUGCAACGAGCUCACGACUAUCCAAACGUCGUUCACUGUUGUACAGGCGACAACACACUCAGCCAACUCCUGCCUCACCUACAAGAACAGCUGGAAAUCUGCCAAAAGUCAUUGAGUGGAUAUUUGGAGAAAAAGAGAUUGCUCUUUCCAAGAUUCUUUUUCGUUUCUGAUCCUGCUUUGUUGGAAAUUCUUGGACAAGCAAGUGAUUCACAUACAGUGCAGGCGCAUCUUCUUAGUGUUUUUGAUAAUAUUAAGUCUGUCACAUUCGAAGAAAAGCAGUAUGACAAAAUAACGUCAAUAAUAUCACAAGAAAGUGAAGUUGUCCCUCUGCAGGAGCAUGUCAUGGCUGUGGGCAAUGUAGAAAACUGGCUUGGGGAUUUAUUGAAGAAAUCGAGGAGAUCCGUGCAUGGGAUAAUAUGCAGGGCUGCUGGGGCCAUCGCUGACAUCAACUUUCGAAUGUUAGACUUCCAAAACUCAUACCCUGCUCAGGUUGGUUUGUUGGGCUUGCAGAUGAUUUGGACGAGAGAUGCCGAAACAGCUCUCCAACAUGCCAAGUCUGACAAGAAGAUCAUGAGACAGACCAACGACAUGUUUCUUGAAAUCCUCAAUGAACUGAUUGAAGUAACUACUCAGGACCUUUCAAAAAUUGAGAGGACAAAAUAUGAAACCCUCAUCACCAUCCACGUGCACCAGAGGGAUAUUUUUGAUGAUCUGUGUAAACUGCACAUAAAGUCAUCAAACGAUUUUGAAUGGUUGAAGCAAGCGAGGUUCUACUUCAAAGAAGACGAAGAGAAAUGCAUCGUAUCAAUUACUGAUGUGAAUUUCAUAUAUCAAAAUGAAUAUCUGGGAUGUAUUGAGAGAUUGGUCAUAACUCCACUCACUGACAGAUGUUACAUAACCCUGGCUCAAGCGCUCGGCAUGUCCCUUGGGGGAGCUCCGGCUGGCCCCGCUGGAACUGGAAAAACUGAAACUAUCAAAGACAUGGGCCGGUGCCUUGGUAAGUUUGUCGUGGUGUUCAACUGCUCUGAUCAAAUGGAUUAUCGAGGUCUAGGAAGGAUUUAUAAAGGUGGGUUGGCGAUGUCGGGGUCUUGGGGCUGUUUCGACGAGUUCAACCGCAUCGAGCUUCCAGCACUAUCAGUGGCAGCGCAACAGAUUGCCAUCAUUCUAGCCUGCAAGAAAGACAAAAAGUCACAAUUCACAUUCACCGAUGGCGAUAUCGUUUCCAUGGAUGCUGAGUUUGGAGUCUUUUUGACUAUGAAUCCAGGAUAUGCCGGUCGCCAGGAGCUGCCUGAAAAUUUGAAGAUUAACUUUCGCUCUGUGGCCAUGAUGAUUCCUGAUCGAGCCAUCAUCAUUUGCGUUAAAUUGGCAAGCUGUGGCUUCGAACAAAACUCAGUCCUGUCAAAAAAAUUUUACACUUUGUAUAAGUUGUGCGAGGAGCAGCUUAGUAAACAGGUACAUUAUGACUUUGGCUUGCGUAACAUAUUGUCAGUAUUGAGAACAUUGGGCUCAGCCAAGCGCAAAAACACUGACGACAGCGAAACGACAAUCGUGAUGAGAGUAUUGAGGGAUAUGAAUCUAUCGAAAUUGGUGGAUGAGGACGAACCUCUCUUCAUGUCUCUCAUUGAAGAUCUCUUCCCAGGCAUGACUCUCGAAAAAGCCAACUAUCCUCAGAUGGAGGUAGCCAUUGAAAAUCAGGUGAAACUGAUGGAUCUGAUCAAUCACGCUCCUUGGUCUCUCAAACUCAUCCAGCUGUACGAGACUCAACUCGUCCGUCAUGGAAUGAUGACCUUGGGACCUUCUGGAGCUGGGAAGACGAAAUGCAUACACGCUCUCAUGAAAGCAAUGACUGAAUGCGGAGUGGUGCACCGGGAAAUGCGGAUGAACCCGAAGGCCAUCACCGCCCCGCAGAUGUUUGGAAGGUUGGACGUCGCCACGAACGACUGGACGGAUGGAAUAUUUUCUACUCUUUGGAGGAGAACGCACAAGUCUAAAAAGGGUGAUCACAUAUGGCUGGUUCUCGAUGGUCCUGUUGAUGCAAUAUGGAUUGAAAAUUUGAAUUCUGUUUUGGAUGACAACAAAACUUUGACGUUAGCAAAUGGCGAUAGAAUUCCGAUGUCACCAACCUGCAAAAUCAUAUUUGAAGUUCACAACAUUGACAAUGCAUCACCAGCUACCGUCUCAAGGAAUGGAAUGGUUUUCAUGAGCAGCUCCAUCCUGGACUACAAACCUAUUGUGCUCGGUUGGCUGCAGAAUAAACCAGAACAAAUUUCAACAAUCAUUCUAGAUGCCUUCAACAACGUUUUUUCAGAGUUGUAUAAAUACAUCGUUCAAACAUUAAAUCCCAAAAUGGAAAUAUUGGAAUGUAUGUAUGCAAGACAAGCGCUGGACUUACUGAGUGGUUUGAUAUCGACGGGAGAGGACAACAAAGAGAUAUCAGAUUCGCAUCUGCAGAAAAUCAUCGUCUUUGCGCUCAUGUGGUCACUCGGAGCUUUGCUCGAGCAAGAUGACAGAAGAAAGGUAGAUGAAUAUAUGCAGAUCCACGCAGGCAACUUGCCUCUGCCCCAAGCUACCGGCGAUAAUACGAUUUUCGAAUACGUUGUCAGUGAUUCAGGAACUUGGGAACACUGGCACACCAGGGUGCCAGAAUAUAUAUACCCAAAAGAUUCAAUACCAGAAUAUUUGAACAUCUUGGUGCCAAACGUGGACAACAUAAGAACUGAUUUUUUGAUACACACAAUAGCCAAACAGUCAAAAGCUGUACUGCUGAUAGGUGAGCAGGGUUCAGCCAAAACAGUCAUCAUCCAAGGUUACUGCAGCAAAUACAACCCAGACAAUCACGUCUACAAGUGUUUCAACUUCUCCAGUGCAUCCACUCCUUUCCUCUUUCAGAGGACAGUAGAAAGCUACGUGGACAAGAGGAUGGGCACAACGUAUGGGCCUCCUGCUGGCAAGAAGAUGACCAUAUUUGUCGAUGACAUCAACAUGCCGGUCGUCAACGAGUGGGGAGACCAGGUAACAAAUGAGAUCACGCGGCAACUGAUGGAGAUGAGGGGAUUCUACAACCUGGAGAAACCAGGCGAGUUUACAAACAUCGUGGACAUCCAGCUGAUGGCCGCCAUGAUCCACCCGGGCGGGGGUAGGAACGACAUCCCGCAGCGGCUGAAGAGGCAGUUUUGCAUCAUCAACUGCACCAUCCCUGCCAACGCCUCCAUCGACAAGAUAUUCACCACUAUCGGAUGUGGCUUUUUCACUGUGGAGCGAGGUUUCACAAAGCAGCUGAAAGCUGUUAUCGAAAAGUUGGUGCCAGCAACAAGGAAGUUGUGGCAAAAAACAAAGUUCAAGAUGCUGCCCACCCCCGCCAAGUUUCAUUACAUCUUCAAUCUUAGAGAUCUUAGCAGAAUUUGGCAGGGCAUGUUGAAUGCGUCAGCUGACGUCAUCAGCAGUUCCUUCAAGUUGUUGUUGCUAUGGAAACAUGAAUGUUGUCGGGUUAUAUCCGAUAGGUUCACAAUGCAGGAGGACAAAGAUUGGUUUGAGAAAACGAUAAAGAUGGUCUGGUUGCUUGACGAAGAGAACGACUUUGAUGUCGAGCCCUACUUUGUUGAUUUCCUGAGAGACGCUCCCGAAGUUACUGGAACGGAGGAAGGAGAGGAUACAGAGAGCGAACCGCCGAAGAUUUAUGAGCCCAUCAACAGUUUCCAGGAGUUGUCAGAAAGGUUGGAAAUGUACCAGCAGCAGUACAAUGAGAGCAUCAGAGGCGCAAAAAUGGAUCUUGUUUUUUUCAAGGAUGCAAUGACGAAUCUGGUGAAGAUAUCUCGGGUGAUAGGUAUGCCGAAGGGGCACGUGCUGUUAGUCGGAGUGGGUGGUUCGGGCAAGCAGUCCCUGACGAGGCUGGCCUCUAACAUUGCUGGAUACAAAGUUUUCCAAAUCACACUCACCAGAUCAUAUUCGACCUCGAACUUCAUGGAGGACCUGAAGUAUCUCUACAGAACAGCAGGAGCCGAGGGCAAGGGGAUCACAUUCGUCUUCACUGACAACGAAAUCAAAGACGAAGGCUUCCUCGAGUAUAUGAACAACGUUCUCAGUUCUGGCGAGGUAUCCAAUUUGUUUGCGAGGGAUGAGAUGGAUGAGAUGUUGGAAGAGUUGGUGCCCAUCAUGAAGAAAGAAUUUCCUCGACGUCCUCCUACAAAUGAGAACCUUUACAACUACUACACCGCACGGGUCAAGAAAAACCUGCACGUCGUCCUCUGCUUCUCGCCGGUUGGUGAGAAGUUUCGAAGUCGAUCGCUGAAAUUUCCCGGUUUGAUUUCUGGAUGCACCAUGGAUUGGUUUGAGAAAUGGCCCAAAGAUGCAUUGGUUGCCGUUUCAAAGCACUUCCUCACAAACUACGACCUUGUGUGCUCCAAUGUUGUCAAACAAUCAAUUAUCAGGUCCAUGGGGAAUUUUCAGGAUUCAGUAUCUGAGACUUGCGUUGAAUACUUUCAGAGGUUUCGUCGUCAAACUCAUGUUACUCCAAAGUCGUAUUUAUCGUUUAUAUCUGGCUACAAAACAAUUUAUGACAAUAAAAGAUCUGAAAUAGGCCAGCUGGCUGAAAGAAUGAACACUGGUUUGAUGAAACUGAUUGAAGCUACUGAAAAUGUUAAUGAACUUUCUAAAGAGUUAGAAAUUAAAGAAAAAGAAUUAUUUGUUGCCUCAAAGAAAGCCGACAAAGUACUUGCUGAAGUUACGGUUUCAGCUCAGGCGGCAGAAAAAGUUAAAGCACAAGUUGAAAAAGUAAAGGACAAAGCUCAAAAAAUUGUCGACGAAAUAUCGAUGGACAAAUUGAAAGCCGAGGAGAAGUUGGAAGCAGCAAGACCUGCUUUAGAAGAGGCUGAAGCAGCUCUACAGACCAUUAAACCUGCACAUAUUGCCACUGUGAGAAAAUUGGCUAAACCUCCACACCUGAUAAUGAGGAUAAUGGAUUGCGUACUUUUGCUGUUUCAACGAAGGGUUGAUCCGGUCACAAUUGAUCCAGAUCGACCUUGUCCAAAGCCAUCAUGGCAUGAAGCCUUGAAACUAAUGAGUGCCACUAAUAUUCUUCAAGGUCUACUGGCUUUUCCCAAAGACACAAUUAACGAAGAAACGGUCGAAUUGCUGCAACCAUACUUGCAAAUGGAAGAUUAUAACAUGGAAUCAGCCAGGAAAGUCUGUGGAGAUGUUGCUGGUUUGGCUUCUUGGACUCAAUCCAUGGCUUACUUCUAUGGCAUCAACAAAGAAGUUCUGCCCCUCAAGGCAAACUUGGCAGUGCAGGAAGCUAGGUACGAGGCAGCAAUGAAGGAUCUGAACAAGGCGCAAAUGCAACUGGACGAGAAGCAGGCCGAACUAGAAGCUGUACAAGCCCAAUAUGACCAAGCUAUGACCGAAAAACAAACAUUGGUCGAUGAUGCCAACAAUUGCCGCCACAAAAUGACAACCGCCCGAGCUCUGAUCGAUGGUUUGUCUGGGGAAAAAAUUCGUUGGACGUCGGCUAGCAAAACAUUUGAAUCUCAAAUCCAGAAACUUGUUGGUGAUGUUUUGUUGGCCACUGCCUUCCUAUCCUAUGCUGGUCCGUUCAAUCAGGAGUACAGGAAGCAGUUGGUCAACGCCUGGAAGAAAGAACUCAUCGAAAACAACAUUCCAUACACUGACGAUGUCGACGUGAUCACAAUGUUAGUUGACAACACUACCAUCAGUGAAUGGAGCCUCCAGGGACUGCCUAGCGAUGAGUUGUCCAUUCAAAAUGGUCUCAUUGUCACUAAAUCCGCCAGAUAUCCUCUUCUUAUUGACCCACAAAAUCAAGGAAAGGUCUGGAUAAAAAACAGAGAGGGAACGAGCAAACUGGUGGUUACUACGUUGAAUCACAAAUCAUUCCGUUCACAUCUUGAAGAAGCUCUUUCAAACGGCUACCCACUGUUAAUUGAAGAUGUCAGUGAAGAACUGGAUCCUGCUUUAGACAGUUUGUUGGAAAAAAAUUUUAUAAAAUCUGGAAGUUCAUUCAAAGUAAAAGUUGGCGAUAAAGAAGUUGAUUUGCACAGUGGCUUUAGAAUGUACAUGACAACAAAAUUAGCUAAUCCAGCUUACACUCCCGAAGUCAGUGCUAAAACAUCUAUCAUUGAUUUCACUGUUACAAUAAAAGGUUUAGAAGAUCAACUGCUUGGUAUUGUCAUAUUGACUGAAAAGAAGGAACUAGAAGCAGAAAGGACAAAGUUGAUAGCAGAGGUGACCUACAAUAAAAGGAAGAUGCAGGAGUUGGAGGACAACUUGUUGUUCCAUCUCACAUCGACGAAGGGUUCUCUGGUUGAAGAUGAGACAUUGAUUGAAGCACUAACCAGCACAAAAGAGACGGCGUUGGAAGUUACUGAGAAGCUGUCGGUAGCUGCUGAGACUGAAAUAAGAAUUAAUGCGGCGAGAGAAGAGUUCAGACCAGUGGCUACCAGAGGGUCAGUUUUGUACUUCCUCAUUGUGAAGAUGGGCAUGGUCAACGAGAUGUACCAGACGUCGUUGAAACAAUUCUUACAACUCUUUGAUGUUUCUAUGUUACACUCGACAAAAUCUCCAAUCACUCACAAAAGAAUUCAGUACAUCAUCGACUACCUCACCUACCUCACCUUCUCCUACACGAUACGAGGUCUCUACGAGAAGGACAAGUUCCUCUUCACCCUUCUCCUCACAUUGGAAAUUCAGCUUCAGAGCAAAGCAAUUCAUCUGGAAGAAUUCCAAUGUUUCAUUAAAGGUGGAGCAGCAUUGGAUUUGAACUCUGUUGGUCCCAAACCAAACUGGAUUACCGACAUGACCUGGUUGAAUCUCGUUGAAUUGAGCAAACUUCCACAGUUCACUCAAAUUCUUGUUCAAGUGCACAAGAAUGAAAAGGUCUGGAAGGAAUGGUUCGACACGGAGGCACCUGAGGAAUCGACCAUUCCUGAUGGUUACGACGACAGCCUCUCAACCUUCCACAAGCUGCUUCUCGUCAGAUGCUGGUGUCCCGACAGAACCAUCCCUAUGGCCAAACUCUACAUCAGUGAAGUCAUGGGAAAGCAGUUUGCCGAAGGAGUCGUUUUAGACAUGGAAGCGAUGUGGAACGAAAGUGACAACCAAACUCCGAUGAUCUGUUUCCUCUCUAUGGGAUCUGAUCCGACUGAAAAUAUUGAACGACUGGCUAAAUCGAAGGGCAUAAGUAAGAUUACUAUUUCAAUGGGGCAAGGUCAAGAAGUGCAUGCACGUCGACUUGUGGGGCAGAGCAUGUCCGAGGGCUCGUGGGUCCUUCUUCAUAAUUGCCAUCUAGGUCUCGACUACCUGGAUGAGUUGUUGGAUACACUGACCACCAACAACCAGAUACAUGAAACAUUUCGAUGCUGGAUCACAACUGAUGUCCAUCCGAGAUUUCCCAUCAACCUGCUUCAAAUGUCUAUCAAGUUUACAGCUGAACCUCCUCAGGCAACUAUUUUGAAAUUUUCAUUAGCGACGGCUAUUUUUUCAAAUAAUUUUCAAGGAGUGAAGGCCAACCUGAAGCGGACAUACGGCCUGUUGAGCCAAGAUCAACUGGACGUCAUCAGCAUGCCUCAGUGGAAGCCACUGCUCUACGCCAUCGCAUUUCUGCACACGACAGUUCAAGAGAGGAGGAAGUUUGGGCCGAUUGGCUGGAACAUUCCGUACGAGUUCAAUCAAGCAGAUUUCACUUCAACUAUUCAAUUUAUACAAAAUCACCUGGACGAUAUUGAUCCUAAACGAGGUGUGUCGUGGGCUACAGUUUGUUAUAUGAUAGGAGAGGUUCAAUAUGGCAGCAGAGUGACAGAUGAUUACGACAAAAGACUGCUCAAUACUUACGCUAAGAUUUGGUUCCACGAAGACAUGUUCUCUGAAAAUUUUGAAUUUCAUUCAGGUUAUAAAAUACCAAAAUGUAAAACACUUGAUGAUUACAAAGCAUUUAUCGAUCUUUUGCCGAUGGUUGAUUCACCAGAAACCUUCGGACUGCACCCCAACGCCGACAUCACUUAUCAGACAAACACAGCAAAUAGUAUGCUUGAUACAAUUGUGGGCAUCCAGCCAAAGGAUUCGAGUGCCACAGGUGGGGAGACGAGAGAGUCUGUCGUUUAUAGACUGGCCGAUGACAUGCUUUCCAAACUGCCCAACGACUACAUACCACACGAAGUAAAAGAAAAUUUGCAAAAAAUGGGACUAGCAAAUCCACUGGCAAUAUUUCUACGUCAAGAAGUAGAUAGGAUCCAAAAAGUAAUAACGGCUGUGAGGAAUACGUUGCAGGAUUUGAAGCUUGCUAUCGAUGGAACCAUCAUCAUGUCUGAAAAUUUGAGGGACGCUCUGGAUUGCAUGUUUGAUGCAAGAAUUCCUGAAGCUUGGAGAAAAAUAUCAUGGGAUUCGGCAACAUUUGGUUUUUGGUGCACAGAUCUGCUGGAUAGAAACCUUCAAUUCAACAAUUGGCUUUUUGAAGCUAGACCAAAAGUUUUUUGGAUGGCUGGGUUUUUCAAUCCUCAAGGUUUCUUAACAGCUAUGAGACAAGAAAUAACAAGAGCUCACAAAGGAUGGGCUUUGGAUAAUGUUGUUCUUGAUAAUGAAAUAACUAAGCUAACAAAAGAAGACGUUGCCAGUGCUCCUGCAGAAGGUGUCUACGUUUAUGGACUGUAUUUGGACGGCGCAGGGUGGGACAAGAAAAAUAUGCGCCUUGUUGAGCCAUCGCCAAAGGUCCUUUACACUUGCCUGCCAAUUGUUCAUUUGUUUGCCAUCAACAGCGAACGUCGAAAAGGUCCAAAUUUUUACGAAGCACCGGUGUACAAAAAACCGAAAAGAACUGAUCUCACUUACAUUUUUCCUGUUUUGCUAAAAACUGUUGUAGAGCCAAACCAUUGGAUUACCAGAGGGGUUGCUCUUCUUUGUGACACCAAAUAG